AUGGCUUUCAUGGUGAAGUCCAUGGUUGGUGGGCAACUGAAGAACCUCACCGGCGGCCUGGGAGGAGAAGAGAAAGGAGAAGGGGAGAAGUCCCCGGCUGAAGCCCAGGGGAUGACGAAGGAAGAAUACGAAGAGUACCAGAAGCAGCUAGUGGAAGAAAAAAUGGAGCGGGAUGCCCAGUUUGCACAGCGCAAAGCAGAACGAGCCACCCUAAGGACCCACUUUCGGGAUAAAUACAGACUUCCCAAGAAUGAGACAGAUGACAACCAGAUCCAGCUGGUCGGGGGUGACGUGGAGCUCCCCAAAGAGCUGGCCAAGAUGAUUGAGCAGGACAACGAAGAGGAGGAGGAAAAGGACUCUGUUAUCGGACAGCUGACCAGCAUCCAGAACCUGGACCUGGAUUCCCUGAAGGACAAGGCCCAGGCCACGCUGGACGACAUCAAGCAGUCCGCCGAGAAGUGUGCCGUCAUGUGA